UGGAGUAAGUGAUGCACUUGCUCAUCCGAUUUCUAGACAACAGGUAUCAUCAUGCGGACUUUUGGAAAAAUAAAGGGAAAGACGAUGUUGUCACUUCUGGUGGCAGCGGUGAUGUUGGCAGGACAGACACAAGCAGAAGAGCGGAUAUCCAGACAAGCGCGGGCAUGCAGACCUGGUACGACCUGCAUUCAGCUGACCAGGUGCCCACAGCUCAUCUCCCUCCUCAACUUCCCGACGCAGGAGAACAUCCAGGUCCUGAGAAAUGCCUUCUGCGGCUUCUCCGCGAGGAACCCGUUAGUUUGUUGUCCAGGCUCAGGCCCAACGACGCCCACCCCCACUCCACCCACCCUCGUUACCCAGCCCACCCAGCCCACCCAACCCACCCAACCCACCCAGCCCACCCAGCCCACCCAACCCACGGAACCCACACCCGGCGGAGGUGAGGCGCUCUUGCCGAGUCGCUGUGGCCUCACGUCGUCGCCCGUCAACCGCAUUUUCGACGGAGAAGACGCUGCUUUGGGCGCCUAUCCCUGGAUGGCUCUGCUGGGAUUUACUGGGCGAUUCGAAACCCGGCCUGUGUUCGGAUGCGGAGGUGCGUUGAUCAAUAACCGCUAUAUACUCACGGCCGCACAUUGCACUGAUCCGCAGUUCACUUCUGGUCGAAUUUUAUCAGUGAUUCGCCUGGGAGAGCAUAACCUGGCAACAGACGAGGACUGCACCACAACAGGAAGGACUCAGCGAUGCGCGCCGCCCAUACAGACUUUCACGCCCGCGCAGGUCAUCCGGCACCCGAGCUUCGACAGGCGGGCCAGCGUCAGCGACGACAUUGCUCUCGUGAGGCUCAACAGGGCAGCAACCUUCAGUGACUACAUUCAGCCCAUCUGCGUCCCGCCCGCCGGCCUUGACAUCACCGCCUUCCUCGCCAGCCGGGAGGUGACCGUGGCGGGCUGGGGCACCACCGAGAGGGGCCCGGACACGCAGGUGCUGCAGAAGGUUCAGAUUCCCUUCGUCGGCAAAGCAGAGUGUAACCCCCACUACGACAACGCCCUCGUGGACGAACAGAUCUGCUUCGGUGGUUCAGGGCAGCGAGACGCCUGUUUCGGAGACUCCGGAGGCCCCGUCUUCAUCAACGAAAUCGGGACAGGAAGGUUUUCAUUGCUAGCGGUUGUGUCAUUUGGGCAGCCUUCUUGCGGAGUGCCAGGAGUGCCUGCUGUCUAUACUGAUGUGGCAUCGUACAGGACUUGGAUUGUAAACAACUUACAACCUUAAGGAAUCUGAGAAUAAGGGUGCUUUUCAGGGAGGUUUCACUUUCAUCAUUGGUGACUUAAGUGUGUUAGUGUUUAUGUGUGUGUGAAUGUUUAUAUGUUGUGUGUGAAUAUAUUUUUUAUUAAUUCCUUUAAUGCAAUAAAGAAAUAUCACAGGAAA